AUGAAGUCGGGGAAAAGUUCGGCGGGGUCUUCUGGUGAAGGCAACGCACCCCCUGGCAAUGCGAAGAAGGGAAAAGCGGAAACUACAGGCCCUGUGAUGGAAGAAGCCCAGAUUUGUUGUGGCUGCCGCUUUCCAUUGCUGGUGGCUGUGUUACAGCUUUUGCUGGGUAUCACGAUAGCAGUCGUGGCCUUUCUCAUGGUUGCCAUUAGCUCUUCUCUGCUGGCCAGGGAGACGCCCCACUGGGCUGGAAUCAUUAUGUGCGUGGUGUCUCUGGUGGGGUUCAUCUUAUUCUGCAUUACCAGAGUGCCUGAUGAGAGAGCAACGGUGCAAUUUAUCACAAAGCUCCUGUACUUCCUCUUGUGCACAAUAGGGCUUGUCAUCUCUGUGCUGGUCAUUGCCUUCCAGAGCUACCACUACAACCUCACCAAUAGCCUCACAUGCGAAGAAAAGGGCGAGGACUGCGUGUGCAACCUGGAUCCAGAAGAUCCUAUUGCUCGAACCUUUACCUACAGCGGCGUGACAGAUUGCAGUGCCGUCGUAAGCACAUUACCAAUGUACAACCUACUGCAGAUCGUACUGAAUCUGGCUCAGGCCAUUGUCUGUCUGGUAGGGGCCUUCAUGAUAUGGAAACAUCGGUACCAGGUGUUUUUUGCUGGUCUGCAGAAGGGAUCUCCCUCUGACCAGCAGUGGCAGAAAGUUUAGGGCUGAGAAAUUUCUCUCGAGACGCGAAAAAGGUGGAGCGUAAGAGCGUUUGUGCCUUUAAGGAAGAAACUUUUUUGUUUUAUGCAAUAUGCAAUCUUUUAUUCAAGCAAUCUGUGUUUGUAUCAUGAUAUUAUAAUAUUUUGAAAGUUUUAUGCAAAAUUAUUAAACUUUUGUAUUUUGGCCUUUUUUUAAAUUUCACUUAAGGUAACAGACUUAAAGGGACACUCCACUUUUUUUUGAAAAAAUUCUUAUUUUUCAGCUCCCCUAAAGUUAAACAUUUGAUUUUACUGUUUUGGAAUUCAUUCAGCUGAUCUCCGGGUCUGGCGCUACCGCUAGCUUAGCAUAAUUCAUUGAAUCUGAUUAGACCAUUAGCGCUCAAAAAUAUUUUUCCUAUUUAAAACUUGACUAUUCUGUAGUUACGAUGUGUACGCAGCAGCCUAAAAUAGUCCCCUUAGUAACUUUCAAUAGCAGGGGUCUAUUUUCAGGCACUGUGUAAUUUCAUUGCGCCUCCUGCAGCCAUGUUACGGCAGCAAAGUCAUUGAUUAUUACGCCAGACUGAGAGUAUAUCUAGCCAUAUCUGCCUAGAAAAUCCCAACUUUUAAUUUUUCAUCGGUCUUAGUACACGAUGUAACUACAGAAGAGUUAAUGUCUUUAUUUUUGAGCACAAUGCUAAUGGUCUAAUCAGAUUCAUUGGACUAUGCUAAGCUAUGCUAAAAGUGGUAACGCCAGACCCGGAGAUAGGCUGAAUGGAUUCCAAAAUGGUAAAAAUUAAAUGUUUAAUUCUAGGGGAGCUGGAAAAUGAGCAUAUUUUCAAAAAAAGUGGAGUGUCCUUUAAAUGUACCUCUGCAAAUGAGAGUAUUUUUUAACUAGAAUUUGAUGAAAAACAGCACCUGUCCCAUGUUAUCGUACCUGUUAAUUUUAUUGUUGUGGUUAGUACAAUGUAAAAAAGAUGUCAAAUUAAAUAUUUUUUAAGUUAAAGUAACAUAAAAAUAUAAAAUAAUAGGUUGAAUUGACUUGAAAAAGUUGUUUUAA